AUGCCACCCGUCGGCGAACCGAGGAAGCCGGACAAUUCUGCCGCCGCAAAGGAGCGCAACGAAUACAUUCCCUCUUUCAUCUCGAAGAAGCCUUUCUAUGCCAUCGACGAGAACGGCAAUGACAACGGCGACGAUUACCUCGAGCACCAACGUUUGCAGAAGCAAGAACAGGACUCGACAUGGUACGAUCGCGGAAGGAAGCUAGGUCCGGCAGCGACCAAGUACCGCAAAGGAGCCUGCGAGAAUUGCGGAGCGAUGACCCACAAAAAGAAAGAUUGUCUCAGCAGACCGCGCAAGGCAGGCGCAAAGUUUACCGGCAAGCGUAUCGAAGCAGACGAAGUCGUUCAAGAUGUACAGCAGAGCUGGGAUGCCAAGCGAGAUCGCUGGAAUGGAUAUGAUGCAUCAGACUUCAGCCAGGUCAUUGAAGAGUACAACGAGAUGGAGGAGCUGCGUAAGAAGGCCAAGAAGGAUACAGAAGGGGACAAGUCUGGUGACGAAGACGAUGAGGGCGACAAGUACGAUGCUGAGACGGACAUGGGCCGGAAACAGGCAACGUCUACAAGGAACCUGCGCUUGCGAGAAGACACCGCGAAAUACCUGCUGAACCUCGACCUUGACUCGGCCAAGUACGACCCGAAGACACGAUCGAUGGCGGAUACUGGCGCAGGCUCAGACAAAGCAGCACAACUUGUGGCAGAAGACGGCUUUAUGCGUGCAUCCGGUGAUGCUGCAGAGUUCGAAAGGGCGCAGCGUUAUGCCUGGGAGACACAAGAGCGUGGAGACAAGAAUAAGCUUCACCUUCAGGCGAACCCCACAUCCGGUGAAGUCAUGCGGAAGAAGCAGCUCCAGGAGCAAGAGGAGCAGAAGAAGGCCAAGGCCAAGACCCUCGCUGAGAAGUACGGCACACAGCAGAAGUUCACCGACGAGUCAAUGCGCAAGCUUGCAGUCACCGAGAACGAACGAUACGUCGAAUACGAUGAGCGAGGUGGCAUCAAGGGCGCGCCGAAGAUCAAGGUGAAAUCAAAAUACGCCGAGGACAUGUUCCCGGGCAAUCACACAUCAGUCUGGGGCAGCUGGUGGUCAGCCUUCCAGUGGGGGUUUGCAUGCUGCCACUCUACGGUCAAGAACUCUUACUGUACCGGCGAGGCUGGAAAGGAGGCUUUCGAGAAGGCAGAGGCUAUGCGAACAGGCGCUGACCUUCCCGAGGAGGUUCCCCGAUCAAUUGCAUGGAAAGAGGAGGAGGCUCUCGAGGAGCACGUACCCAAUGCCCCAGAAAAGGACUCAAAUGCAAAGCAAGAUUCGGCUGCACGCAAGCGCACUAUCGCUGAAAUGACUGGCGACGUGAACGAGGAGGAAAUGGAAGAGUACAGACGGAAGCGCACAAUGGCAGCAGACCCCAUGGCUGCCUACCUGAAGGGGAACAUGGCCGAUUUUCUGAUGAUCGAAUGCGUUGUCCUGCAGGCUGCAGUGCUGAUCGGUGUCAUGCAGCUAGGGCCCGAGGCUGCCGGCUUCCCCAUGUGCAAUUCUUUCCCUCCAUUACAGAUGCCAACUCACAAAGAAACGGAUUGCGCAUGCAGCCGCGCGUAUGCGUUGUAUGACGGCAAGACAGCGGCAGCAACAACCGUCGAGAUGGCGCUCUACGGAUCCAGUAGGAAUGUUGAUAUGGGGAAGCAGGAGUCAGAGCUUGCCAUCAACAUUCGCAAAGCGACCAGCAUCGAGGAGGUCUCGCCGAAGCGUAACCACGUGCGAGCAUGUAUCGUAUACACAUGGGACCACAAGAGCUCUGCCUCGUUCUGGCAGGGCAUGAAAGUGCAGCCAAUCCUCGCCGAUGAGAUCCAGACAUUCAAAGCGCUCAUUACCGUACACAAGGUCCUUCAAGAAGGACACCCCAUCGUUCUCAAAGAGGCGCAAUCCAACACCAGCUGGCUGGAGAGCUUGUCGCGAGGCUCCACAGAUGGCGCAGGUGUCAGGGGAUAUGCGCCACUUAUCUCAGAGUACAUCUAUUACCUGAUGGCCAAGCUGGCGUUCCACCGACAGCACCCGGAGUUCAACGGUACUUUCGAGUACGAGGAGUACAUCAGCUUGAAAUCCAUCAACGAUCCGAACGAAGGAUAUGAGACAAUCUCGGAUCUUAUGACGCUCCAGGACCAGAUCGACGCAUUCCAGAAGCUCGUCUUCUCACACUUCCGAAGCGGCGCUAACAAUGAGUGUCGGAUAGCUGCGCUGGUACCUUUGGUACAGGAGAGCUAUGGUAUCUACAAGUUCAUCACUAGCAUGUUGCGUGCUAUGCAUACCAGCAACAUAGCCCUUGGCGACGACGAGGCGCUCUCCCCCCUCCGUGGUAGAUACGACGCUCAGCACUACCGUUUGGUCAAAUUCUACUACGAAUGCUCUAACUUACGCUACCUGACGAGCUUGAUCACAGUGCCGAAGCUUCCCCAAGACCCUCCAAACCUUCUCUCUGAAGACGAAUCAGCUCCGGCGCUCCCUGCCAGACCCAAGGUCGCAGAGCCUGCCCCCGCGCCACGCGCGCCAUCCGUAGACCCUGAGCCAAUCAACGAGUUCUGGAAGAACGACCAGAAGAGGCAGCAGGAGCAAUACGAGGCCGAGCAGCAAAGACUAGCACAACAAUGGGAAGAACAGCAGCGUCAGCAACAGCAACAGCAAAUGCAGGCGCAAAGAGAAUUCGAGGAGCAGCAGAGACUCCAGGCGGAGCAAGCGCGCCUUGCGCAAGAGCAGCUUAUGCGCGAUCAAUACCAGCAGCAGACACAGGGUCGCCUUGCUGAGCUCGAGCGCGAGAACCUCAAUGCACGUGCACAGUAUGAGCGCGAUCAGCUCAUGCUGCAGCAAUACGAUCAGAGGAUGAAGGCGCUCGAGGGCGAGAUCGCCCAGAUGAACCAGAACUUCAGCUCGCAGAUGGGCUCUAGGGAUGAACAGCUGCGGGCACUGCAGGAGCAACUAAAUACAUGGAGGUCGAAGUACGAGUCGUUGGCUAAGCUCUAUUCUCAGCUUCGACACGAACACCUACAGCUUCUGCAGAAGUUCAAGGCAGUCCAGCUCAAGGCCAACUCCGCACAAGAAGCCAUCGAUGCGCGCGACAAGCUGCAGCGAGAGCUGAAGACAAAGAACCUCGAGCUGGCGGACAUGAUUCGCGAGCGCGAUCGUGCCAUGAUGGAUAAGGAUCGCAGCUCUGGUGGGCAUCGCGAGGAACUCGAGAAGCUCAAGCGUGAGCUGCGCGAGGCUCUGGACCGAGUCGACAACGCCGAGCGUGGCAAGGGCUCAGAACUGUCAGCUAUGCUGUCGAGGCACAACCGUGAGAUCGCGGAUCUGGAAGAGGCUCUCCGCAACAAGACACGCCAGCUUGACAACCUGCAGAUGAAGCACCGUGAGGGAGACUCAGAUCUUGAACGUCUUCUGCGCGAGAAGGAAGAGGAGCUCGAGAUCUUCCGCGCAGGCAUGGAUCAAACAUUGCUUGAGCUGAACGAGCUGAAGUUGAAUGGCCAUGCUAACGACGAUGUCCUCGAUGGACAGAUCGAUGUUAUUUUGCAAGACAGCCUCCAGAAGAUCAACGACAUCAUCGAUUCUGUUCUACAGAGUGGAGUGCAGCGCGUUGACGACGCUCUCUACGAGUUGGACUCUUCCAUGCAGGCGGGUAACCAGAACGCGACCGGUCCUUACGUCCUUUCACAGAUCGAAAACGCCUCGACAAGUACUAUGGAAUUCUCGACAGCAUUUAAUAAUUUCAUCGCAGACGGACAUAGUGCCAAGCAUGCCGAGGUCAUCAACGCUGUCAACAAUUUCGCUGGCGCGAUCGUGGAUGUUCUGAUCAACACGAAGGGUCUGACACGAUUUGCCUCUGAUGACAACAAGGCUGAUCAGCUCAUCAACGGAGCGCGGGCUUCUGCGACAUCGACAAUUAGGUUCUUCCGUAGUGUCCAGUCCGUACGCUUGUACGAUCUCGACGCUGAGCGCAAGAUCGAUGUUGUCAUCAACAACAGCUCCGAAGUUGUCCGCAACCUGCAGAGUCUUAGCAAGCUUGCAGAUGCCUUCGCGCCCAAGAGCAAGAUCAACACCAAUGGUGACCUCGGCGAGGUUGUCGAUGAUGAGCUGACUAAGGCUGCCAACGCUAUUCAGGCUGCUGCCGACCGUCUGGCCAAGUUGAAGAACAAGCCGCGCGACCAGUUCUCCACCUACGAGCUCAAAAUUCACGACUCGAUCCUCGAUGCAGCCAUCGCAGUCACAAACGCCAUUGCUCAGCUCAUCAAGGCUGCGACGGCCUCGCAACAAGAGAUCGUCCGCGAGGGUCGUGGCAGCAUGACAGUCACCCAGUUCUACAAGAAGCAUAACCGCUGGACCGAAGGUCUGAUCAGCGCAGCCAAGGCCGUUGCGACAUCCACAAAUAUGCUCAUCGAGACUGCUGAUGGCGUCAUCUCCGGCCGCAACUCGCCUGAACAGCUCAUCGUCGCUUCGAACGACGUCGCUGCCUCGACUGCUCAGCUUGUCGCUGCCAGUCGUGUCAAGGCUACGUUUAUGAGCAAAACUCAGGACAGGCUCGAGACUGCUUCGAAGGCAGUCACUGCUGCUUGCCGUGCCCUCGUCAGGCAAGUACAGGAUAUCAUUGCACAAAAGAACAGGGACGAUGGCGAUGUCGUCGACUACACCAAGCUGAGCGACCAUGAGUUCAAGGUCAGGCAGAUGGAGCAGCAGGUCGAAAUCCUUCAACUCGAAAACCAGCUUUCGCAAGCACGCAUCAGGCUCGGUGAGAUGCGCAAGCUUUCGUACAUUGAGGAGUAA